UUACGGUGACACAUUCAGAUUUUGCAAAUUUACAUUAAAACCAAACGCCCCUUUUGCCCACGCAAAAGCUGGGUUUCCUCUUGAAACCUUCCGUUUCGCCGUCGACUCGCCGACCAUCCCUACCUCCGCCGAGAAAACAGGCACCAUGAAUCCACCGCACCCGGGGCCCGGCCUUCCGUGCCGCCACCACCACCUGCUCCACCUACACCUUGACCCCCGCCAUCACCACCAUGUCCACAUCCAUCUCUGCCAUCACCACCACCACGGCGCCCACUUGCUCGCUCCCGCGCCGCCAGCCCACCUCCAUCACCAGCACCAGGUACCGGCUCCCGUGUUCUUCCCCAACGCCAACGGGAACGCGGCGCCCUGGCAGCCGGAGCCGCCCCCCGCCGCCGUAGGAGAGGACGUCGGGGAGUUGGAUCCCGAGCCGGGGCUGCUGCACGCGGAGGGAGCAGAGGACGAGGAGCCGGUGUUCGUGCUCACGGACGAGUGGGCGGAAUUCUUCGCCAAAUCCGAUGCCAAGAGGAGACUGGCUAAACAGCAGAAGAAGAACAAGGGCAGGAAGUGAAUGGCUGCGACGCCGAAGAGAAGGCGCAGGAAGAGAACUCAGCACCACGACGAAAUGACGAAUCAGUGGCCAACUGCCAUCAACACAUCCAUUGCUUCGCGUCAUGAAUUCUUUAUACCAUUGGAUUUACAUGGUUUCAAUUCUGUGCUGAAUUUGUGGGAACUUUGGAAAAAUAAAAAUGCUACUUGAUUUCGGUCAUGCAAGAUUUUCCUAGCA